AUGGGUAUUCCUGUAAAUUCACAAGCAUCUGACCAGAGUGUUGAAGACACAGAAAGUAUUAAUAGCCAUCUUAAAGAUAUUUUUAAACGUCUAGAUGAAAUUAAACAAGAGUUACAAUCUCUUAGUGAUGUGUUACUUCAGCAUAAUGUUAAUAUGGAAACACCAUUAAUUGAUGAAGAUGGCUUUCCACGUUCUGAUAUAGACGUUGUUUCAGUACGUAUUGCAAGAGCACGUAUUAACAGGCUUAAAAAUGAUUAUCAUGCAUUAACAAACAAUAUACAAGUAGCUUUGCAUACUUUACAUAAACAUAAUCCUCAAGAUACCACUCAAACUGCUAUUGAAAAUACUAUCGAGCGACCUUUUGCACGAGUAAAUUAUAUAAUUCACCAAUCACCAGCUGCUCUUGCAGGGCUUCAAGAAGGAGAUUUGAUUAAACGAUUUGGUACUAUUCACGCAGAGAAUCAUCAAGGAUUAUCAUCAUUAGUGCAACUUGUAGAAAUGUCAGAUAAUAAAGAAAUACCAUUGCAGAUUGUACGAAAAGAAGAGUCAAAAGAAAUAAAUAUUAACCUUACUUUAAUUCCUCAAAAAAAUUGGGGAGGAAGUGGAAGUUUAGGAGCGCAUAUUGUUCCAAUAUAA